AUGUCUUCGUGGGAACGACGGAACUCCAAGGUGGACGACAUGGCCCAGGGCUACGCCAACGAGCUGAUCGCCACCAAUGACACGAUCGCCACCAAUCCCAAGUUCUUCUCCGAACCCUGUGCGAUCUACAUCGACAACAAGAAGGUCUCCUGCCUGGCCUUGGAAUCGGUGGACGAAGCCGUUGUCCUGCCGGAAUUGAUGGAAUACUGGGCAGCCAAAGACCGCCUCGCUCCCGAACACUUCCGAUUGGUGGACUGGCCGAUCGUGCACCGAGCGAUGAAGUCUCUGAGGCCCGCCGAACAGCGCUUCAUGACAAAACACACCGUUGGGAUGUGCGGUGUUGGCAAGUUCCGUAAACAAUGGGGCCUCGACUCCGAGAACCGAUGCCCCUUGUGCGGCCUGGAGGAAGACCACCUACAUGUCCCCCGCUGCCCUUCUGACCCGGCCAAGACCCAGUGGCAGCUCCUACUCCAAGAACUCCAAGAAUGGUUCCAGUCCACCACCACUGCUACGCCCAUCGCCCAAUUCCUCAGGGCCCUCCUUCGCACAAUCCGCACUCCUCACAACCAGCCUCAAACAGAGACUCCGUGA